CCAGACAUCUUGAUUCACCCGCGUUUCACCUUCAGAGACACACACGCACUCACCCCUACACACACACACACACAAAAGGUAGCACACACGAAGAGUGAAGGUCUUGUUCUUGUCCCAGGUGCAGAGAAAUCUGUGAAGCAGCAUGUGGCUUGUCCCAGUUCCUCUACAGUACCUGUGUGCGGACGCGCGCGCGCAACUGCGUAUUGCGACAAGACUGACCCAUUUGAAUCCUGAUACAGGCGCUCGCCGAUGCGUUGCCUGAAACUAGUUCAACAUGUAGGUUAAGCUGCAGCUGGCGCUUCCGCAUGGCAGAGAGUGGUGGGCGCCAGGUGGGCACUGGCUGGCAGAGAGGUCAAAGAGCACGGUGGAAUUGUUGGCGUGUAUUUGCAACUAUAAAUUUAAUGCCAAAAAAGAAAAAUACAUUUGCUGUAGUCUGCAGAAAUAUAGGGAGGAAGGAAAGAAGGGGUGGUGGCGCCAUCAAAGAGGUGAACGGGUGGGGAGUGGACACCCACUUGAAUUUGUUGUCUUGACGAUAUUGUUCAAGACAGGAAAUGACAGUCUUCUGUAAGCUGCAACCUUGAAUAUGCUUGAUAAUUUUUUCAUCCAUCUCAGCUUUUAUGUUACAUGUUAAAUGUACUGUAUUGGCAAAGCGCUUUAUCAAGUCCAGAGGACUCCAAAGCGUCUCACGUUGCAUUCGGAGGUGAGGCUGGCCGGUGCCCCCUUGGGCCUCUGACAACCACCAGCAGGCAGGGUGGGUCAGGUGUCUUACCCAAAGAGCGGGGGCUCGAAGUGGUGACCCACUGAUUACCGGACUGUAUUCAGUGCGGUAUUAUGCAGAAUCAACUUUUUGAUUUUGAUCAAUGUUUACAUGAUGGCAAAAAAAUCACCUGGAGCGUUGCUUUGAUUCUUUCAUGCAUGUUUGAGAAAUCCUUUGAUCUCCAUGGCAACCAAGCUUCCCCUCAACAGAGCAGCUCUCUCAGGCGACUCCCCCACUCAGCUCCUUCAGACUAGCCGGCAGCAAUUGGCAAGCACCUGGUGGGACUGCUGAGCUCAUUUCCUCUCAGUACAGUGCUGGUGAAAACGUUGUUAAACGGUUAAUAGAGGAGCCAUGUUGUGAUGACUUCCUGAAGGCGGAGCUUGAGAAAGAGCAGGAGCUUCUUAAAGAGACAGAAGCCCAAUUUCUAGACACCAAAUCAUAAAGUCACAUUUCUCUUAAGUAAUAUUAAGCAUAUAAACUGCUUUCUCAGAAAAAGUGAAGGUAAGACAGUUAGUGGCAGUAUGUGGAUGGAAAACAUAACACUGGCCCUUUAAGGCAGACGACUGAAGUUGGGGUUUAUAGGCAGCCUCAGUCCAGAAGAAUAUGCAAAUAAAAAAAUCUGCCUCUUCAUGAGUGAAACUGGUAUUGAGAUUCACAGCUUCCUGACAAGAGCUAAAUGAGUAUUUCACCGUCGUUUUAAAAAUAUCACCAGCUCUUAAUUCUUCCACAGGACUUUUGCUCCAUCACUGAUUUUGGUAGAUAGCGCCUCAAAUUUAUCAGUGCCCCCCAACCCCCACCUCCACAAAUGUGGCUAAACUUUCUGGAGGCGCCCCUGGGAGCGGGGUCAGGGAGGCUGGAGCUUAGAGAAGAGGAGAGGUGGGGAGUGGGGGGAGUCCUUCUCAGAAAUGUGCCAGGGUUUUAAUGUGUGAGAGGGAAAGGAGAAAACAGGCAGGGAUGGAGAGAAGAGAGGGAAUGAGAGAAAGAAGGUGAGACAUUGGGAAGGAUCCGGACAGGAGGUGACCGCCCGGUGUUGUAGGGUGAAAGUGUGUGUGGGUGCGUGUGUAUGCGUGCGUGUGUGUGGGUGUGUGAGACUGUGUUGCGCUUGUGGCGGAGAGACCGCAGAGAGAAAUCCACACAACUUCCAGCAUCCUCCCUGCGCCGCUGCGCUGCGCCGCUGCCGCUGCCGCCACCGCCGCGUCUUUCCCCCCAGUCUCUUCUACCGGGACACAGGCGGCUUGGCGCGGUGAGAUGUGAAGAGGCUUGAAGUAUGGCAUGCGAGGAUGCUGUUCGCAAAGAAGAAGGAGAUGGUGACGGCGACGCGACCCGCGUUCAUUCGGACCCUGGUCUACUUUUUCUGUUUGACGACUUGUGCGAAAACAAUCUCCGGACAAGCAAGGAAGGAUGAGAGGAUUUACCCGGAGAAUUUUACUCGGAUUUUGGACCGACUCCUGGACGGCUACGACAACAGGCUGCGACCUGGAUUCGGAGGUCCUGUGACAGAGGUGAAAACUGACAUUUAUGUGACGAGCUUUGGGCCAGUCUCAGACGUUGAAAUGGAAUACACUAUGGAUGUAUUCUUUCGGCAGACCUGGGUUGAUCGGAGGUUGAUGUACGAGGGUCCAGUGGAGAUACUGAGACUCAACAAUCUGAUGGUGACCAAGGUCUGGACACCGGACACUUUCUUCAGGAACGGCAAGCGGUCGGUCGCCCACAACAUGACCGCGCCCAACAAGCUCUUCCGCAUCAUGAAGAACGGCACCAUCCUUUACACCAUGAGGUUGACCAUUAACGCCGAGUGUCCCAUGAAGCUGGUGGAUUUCCCCAUGGACGGACAUGCCUGCCCCCUCAAGUUUGGAAGCUACGCCUAUCCCAAAACGGAGAUGAUCUACACUUGGACCAAAGGGCCUCAGCAUUCGGUGGAGGUCCCUCCCGAGUCCUCCAGCCUCGUCCAGUAUGAUCUCAUCGGCCAGACGGUUUCCAGCGAGACCAUUAAAUCAAUCACAGGUGAAUAUGUGGUGAUGACGGUCUACUUCCACUUGAAGCGGAAGAUGGGCUACUUCAUGAUUCAGACCUACAUCCCCUGCAUAAUGACAGUGAUCCUCUCUCAAGUGUCCUUCUGGAUAAACAAGGAGUCGGUCCCGGCGCGGACCGUUUUUGGCAUCACCACCGUCCUGACCAUGACGACACUCAGCAUCAGCGCCCGCCACUCUCUCCCCAAGGUCUCGUACGCAACUGCCAUGGACUGGUUCAUCGCCGUCUGCUUCGCCUUUGUCUUCUCUGCCCUCAUCGAGUUUGCUGCCGUCAACUAUUUCACCAACGCACAGAUUGAGAGGGCCAAGAAGAAGCCAGGCAAGUGUCCCCCCGUGCCCCAAAGCACGCCCGUCAAGGUGAAGGACACAGAGGAAGUGCAGCAGCAAGUUCCCGACACCAACGGUUCCCUGAGGAAACGGGUGAACUACGUCUCACACCAAGACCCGGCGGGCCAGCCGAGAGCCCAGUCCACCACCAACAUCUCAGGGCUGGGAAGAGGAAGGCGGCUGAGAGCUCUGGCUGGCGGCGCCAACGGCAGCUCCUCCACCCUCUCCCGCGCCAGCCCCAAGUCCGAGAGCCUGCUGAGCGUGGCCUCGUCCUCGGCGCAGCUGGUGAAGGGCACGCCUCAGCCCGCGGCGUCCAGCCCGGACGUGAUGGCGGGGACGCCGGGCCGGCCUCCCGCCAGCCCGGCAUCUCUGCAGCACCUGCUCGGGCCCAAGCUGGAGCGCAUCCAGAUGAUGGGCAACAAGCUGGAGCCGAAACAGACGCCGUGCUCCCAGCCGACCGCCGCCGGCAUGGGCGGAACCAGCAAAAUUGACAAAUACGCCCGGAUCCUGUUCCCAGUGUCCUUUGGGGCGUUCAACAUGGUCUACUGGGUGGUCUACCUGUCGAAAGACACAAUGGUGGCCAAAGGCGGGUAAAUCUCACUCUGGCUUUAAGGUUGAUGGUGAUUUCCUCUAGCAUGGAUACAACAACAACACACUGCUGGCUCUUUCCAGACAGUUCAAUGUGCUCAUCGGUCAGCAGUGGAUCCUGGGGAACGCGGUUGGGAUGCAUUUGCUGAAGGACCACAAGCGUGGAAACAAAUUGUUAUAAUUAGAACGAACUGGCUCGGCUUCAGAAAGAACAUGCGCACACUGGAGUACUCCACCAUCCUCUUUCUAUUUCACAUCUGAUUGUAAAGGUCUCCAACUGCCUGGUGAUCCAUUAGGCCUGGAGAAAGCAGAAGGAUUUGUCAUUUUGCUGUUUUUGUACCCUGUAACCUUUCGGGAUGCUUGGAUAUGUCAUCAAUCGGAACUGAACCUUGUCCACAAUGUAAAAUAUAUAUAUAUAUAUACAUAAAUAUUUAUUUCUUAGGCUAAACAGAUUUAUAUUUAAUGUACAAACCUGAUGCACUGCUGUGCCAGUAGAUUUAAGGAUUAAAUCCAUCAGAGAGCACAAAGAGAUCCGCGUUGGUCUUAAAUGCUCUCUGGAAAAAUGAGCAUCAAGUCCUCAAACCGAGGCUUAUCCAUCCACAACUGGAUGAGCGGCGGAAGCUUCUUGCGCCGAAUCUCCGUGUGGAGAAUCUGCGUUGUACAAGAUGGAUUAAGCAAUACGGAGAGAGAGAGAACGCCCCCCUCCCCCUCCAAAAAAAACCAAGAUGAAAUGUGGGGAUAAAUCAGGAAGGAAGCGGCUGAGAUGUGCUUACAGUAGAAAGGUUUAAGCUUCUUCACUGUCUGGCCAAGAUUCAUACUUUGAUUACGUAAAAUGUUUAAAAAAAAAAAGGAAAGAAAUCCACAUAAUCAAACAAAAACAAAGAGAGUGGAAAGACAUUGACUAGUAGAUCAUAGUGGGGGGGAGUAAGUUGCUGUUUCUUCUGGAGCCAUGUUGCUCUUUUUAAUGCGUUUCGCUGGAGAUCAUCUGCUGUGCGACACAGAAAGGCUCUGAGACACAGUAACGGUGUUACUGAACCCGCUCAAGGGCGUCGUCAACCCAGACACCCGGAUGGGGCUUCAUCUUGUUUCAGGCAGCCAGAUGUUACCUUAUUAUCAGUGCAGCUGUUGGUCACUCAGACGGCGGCGCUUCGUUUUCCUGCAGCUCCAACACUUAGCGGUGCCCUUGCUUUCCUUUCAUUGAAAGGAUCGUUCGGUUUCUUCAAGGUGAGGUUUUGCGUGAAUUAUAUCAUCAGCGAUAGUUCCCUUACAACACGCGGCAGAUGUCAUGCUGCUGAAAGUCUGAAGAAAUCCUCAGAGGAGUGGAAGGUCAAAACCAAAUUCUGACUUGGGAGUUUGGAAACCGGAGUGAGUUUCAUAUCCAAUCCAGGAUUGAGUCAGCAGGUUAAACGGAGACCUCCAGUUAAAAUCACUAAACCUUAGAAAGUAUUUUUUGCUCUAAUUUCCAGUGCAGGUAUCGUAGUACUUGAAAUAAGACAAAACUAACUUACAGGUAACUUCUCAGCAAGAAGUAGGAGUUCUAGUUUCACUAAUAGAUUAUUUAACUUAUAACAUGUUAUAAAUCACGGGUGUCUCCCAACUAUUAGUACAAAAAGUGCAGGGAUUUGUUUGAUUUUGCGUGAAUUUCCACAAUGACUUUCAAGAAACUGGAGGGGCUGAUUGAUGUAACUUGACAGUAAACAGAUAAAAACUGCACUGAUUUGAUUGAAAACAUAAUAUUUAAGCACACUUGGUGUUGAAUCUAGAGGACCACAUUAAAAGCUGUGGCGGGCCAGAUUUGGCCCACAGGCCUUGAAUUUGACACGUGUGGUACAAGUGAAAAGAUCUGCCAGAGACGCUAGCACUUCUUCAUGAGUAUGAAGGAAUUACUGACUUAAAACAAGCUCCUAUAUAUUGCUUGAAAAGUUUCUUGUUUUGUCCUAUUCCCAGUGUACUGAGGUAUUUGCAAAACUAGACAAGUUUCACCGAGAAACUAGACAAAACAAACAAAACUACUUGGUGAGAUUUAGUGUUUUUUGCAGGGCUCUGUUUGCUGCAGACUGCGUCACAACUAGUGAUGAAGACUUUGGCGAACCUCUGUCUAUCCCUUCAAUGUCAAGCGACAAACGAGGCCACGUUUAUCAACUGUUUGACUCAGGUUAACGCUUCAACACUCGGUGACCCAGAUUCCCAUGCUGUCGCCGGCACAUCCACUUAAAAUGAGAAAUGCAAAAAUCCAUCCCUCGUUUUUCUUAGGUGAAAUGGCGAUGCGGAGCUUAAAUGUUGCCUUCACUAAACAUGAAAUCUCUUCCCUCUGCUGGGCGUGGAAGAGAUUCUGGGCUGGUGCGAGAUUCUCACGCAGUGUGACAGCUUUCAGUAGAAUUGCAAUGUAUGCAGAAGAUUUGCAGAAGAUGUUUAUAUGCCUUACUUUCUGUUUGCGUUGCAUCUCAAUUGGUUAACGGUCUGCACUGCAAAAACACAGAACGUUAAAAAGCAUCUUUGGUUUCCAGUGCAGACAACGUAGUACACUUGAAAUAAGGCAAAGCCUAUUUACAAGAAAGUUUUCAGCAAAAAAUAGGAUUUUUUUUAAACUCCGUCAUUCAUUAAUAUUGAUGAAAACAUACUGGUUGUAAGUGAAAUAACCUGCCUGUGGAAUAAUACAUUCUAUCCUACAGCAUGAUAACAUAAAAAGGCUUGUUCCACUGAUAGAUUAUUUCAAUUAUAGUUAGUACUUUUUUAUCAACAUUAAGGAAUUAUUCACUUAAGCUCCCACAUGUUGCUGAAAAGUGACUUGUAAGUUAGUUUGUCUUAUUUCAAGUGUACUAAGGUAUUUGAUACUUGGCAACAGUUUGGGAUUUGUGCAGUCUACCUGCAGCACGCACCUGCAGUGUUGUGAAAAAUCUUCUACUGUAUUAAAUUGAACCUGUGAUGCAUGUGAGAGACGCUUGCUAUUUCCUUCUUUUGCUGACAUUAUUUUAGCUUUAAAAUAGUAGGUUUUUUUGGGGGGGGGUUUUGUUUUUUUUAAGUGACCUCCUCUUUUUGUUUCAACACUAUGACUAUGCCAAUCAGAUAAAUUGUAAUUGGUGGACUUCAGACCCCAUGAAGGGUACAGAUGGAAAGUGUGUGUGUUUUAAAACCUUCACAAACCCAAGUGGAUCUGUUCCAUCUGUGGCUGUUAAUAGCUAAAACUCGACUUUUCUUACUUUAUUUAUAAAUCUGCACUUGUGGAAAUAAGAUAGUGAAUGCAAUGUCUCAACGACUGAUCUUCAUCAAAUCUCCACGCUUUAACCUAGGACUGGAUAAUAACAAUAACCAUAAAAAUAGCGCAACAGACACGUGAUUAAUAUCAUUACUGUGCGUUUGCUGACACGUCAGUAAACGUAUUACCAACCCUGACCAUAGGUGGCGCGAGACAGGAGAGGGAAUGGAGAAGAAGAAGAACAAGACCGUUCAACAGUUAUUACCUUUUUCCUUUGACUGUACCAUAGAAUACUCAGAAAUUUCACUGAACUUCUAUCAAGAACCGCACAGCAUUCUGGGGGAUGUAGGCAAAGGAGGAAAUACUUUAGCCGUUCAAAUUCUUACGGCUAGAUAAGCACAGUUGGUGGCUUCAACUCACUCGCUCUUUCGUUACCUAGCAACAACUUGUUGAGUAAUUUGCGGCAGCAGUUUAAUUUUUCGCCACUGUGCCUCGUAACUGCUUAAAAAUAAACGUGAAGUGAAAGCCGGGUAAAACAGUUAAAGCCACAGCAUCAGUUUGACAGUAUUUGAGAUAUUUAAAACAAAAGACUAAUCAACAAUUAUCGAUAUUGACUGAUAUGAAACGCUUGUUUCGUGUUAUUGUUUUUCAACCAUAACGUCCAGCUCUACUUUAAACCUAGCGCCAAGAAAAUAGAUCUACCUCAGUGUUCACACUAAUGUCCGAGUCAGACAGGAAACUCUGAAGUAUGUUAUUAAAUCCAGUGUGGCACUACAUGAAAACCUGGUGAAAAAAUCAAAAGCCAGAGUCCGUUGGCGGUAAUUUGAUUCUUGUGUGACCAAAGUUCGCACACCAUUAUCCCGAUAACGAUAGACAACAUGACGAUACUAAAUUGUCCUCCCGGGUCUUCUAUUGCUGUAAUAGGCUGGUGGAGGUGAAGUAGAGAAGUCAUUGAGCGAGCUGCCUAAGAAAAUGGACUGUAGUGUGUUGGUGCAAAUACACAAGAAAAUAUAGUUGAGAAACCACAACAAGAGAAGAGGAUAGGAGUUGUUGUUCGGUGUGCUCUGCUUAUGGAUGAGAAAGUUACCAUGUGCGGCAUAAAACCUUCCAUUUUGGACCAGUGACUAACCAAAAUGAGGUGGUACCAGUUGUCUCACUGAACAGUUGGUGGAUGAGCGCGUCUGCUGACGGACCUGUCACAUGGACGGGGAUUCAUGAUGCAAUUUGUGCCUCGUUUCUGCCUCUGAUAAUAACCGUAUCGUCCAUGUGUGGUUGUUGCUUCUCGUCGAUUGGUUGGAGUGCUGAUGUUGAGAAACACACGGGGCUGAUAGGCAGAUCAAGAAACUCCACACACCACUCUGCUCUCCUGCAGUUAACCAUGUGUGAAAUUGAUUUUGGCAUCAUUAGCUCUCCAUUGAUCUCUGGUUUGUUUGUUUUUUUGUUGUUGUUUUAUUUUUCUGUAUUUGUCUCUAAUAGGGUAGAACAAAGCAUAUCCCACUCAGACAACACAAGACGUCCGGGGGACUAAUGAGGACCCUGUCAGCAACAAAUUGAUGCUUGCUGCUCCAACCGUAACCCUAUAUUCUGUGAUUUCUCUGAGCAUGAGCGUGAUUGAUUGGAGCUGCCAAUGUAAGGUUGUGGGGGGGGAGUUUUGGUGCUUUGUUUUUGUUUUUCUUUCUAGAUAAACAGAUUAAAGAUGCUCACUUUGACAUUUUGAUCGGAGGAUCGGCAUACAAAGUCCCCACGAGAAGAGCUUUCAAUUUAUCACUAUCAAGGAAACCUGAAGCGGCAAAGGCAAACAGUUUGCCUUUGAGUGGGUCCGUGAUGGAAGUUUUACACGGGACUCAGGAGGCAAAACAUGGCUUCUCCCGCCCUCUAGUGGUUCAGUUCACCACUAAAUUUGCUUGCCAUUUACCCAUACGAGGCACAUAAGAAAUUUCAUUUACUUCGAGAUUUGGUUUUAGGGACAGACAAUGCUGUGAAAAAGUAUUUGCACCAUUUCAAAUGUCUAUUAUUUUUAAAAGUAAUUUUAGUUUUAGUUUUGUUUUGUUUUUUGGCACAUGUAAAUAUUUCACAUCAUCAAACAAAUGUCAUUGGAAAAAAGAUAACCUCAGUGAGUACAAAAUUGAGUUUUUCAAUGACAACUACAUUCAAAUGAGGGAGUUAUCCAAGCCAACGUGUCAUUAUGUGGAAAACUGAUUGCUCUCAUCUUGGAAUCAUGAUAGUUUGGCUCAAAUUAUCCUUUUUUUGGGGGGGGAUAAUUGGGUUUAAUGUCAAUCUGUGUCCAGGCCUGAUUGUGCAAGAAAUCUGACAGAACUUGUCUGGCAACAUGAGAUAGGCUGAAAGAUCUCAAAAAGCAACACCCACCUUGCUCUAAUAAAAACAUGAAAUAUCAAAUAGAUUAAACACAAAGUCCCUUAUAUUUACCAGACUUGAAAUAUUCACAAGGUCAUUUGGUCAGUGUUCAUGAUUCAGCAGUAAAAGAGAGGCAACCAUGGGAGAGUUUCAAGGUCAAAACCACUGAUGACCAAGAGGUCAUAGGGUGUGGGGUACCAGGUCCUUUGGUACGGGCUGUUAGAACCCUUCAAGGCCGGUGUAAUAAGGGAUCACCUUAUGACAGCUGGCAGUAAGCCAAAGGUCAACGCAGCUUGGACUCCAUCAAGGUUUCACUUUGUCACCAUUUCUGUUUGUAACCUUCGUAGAUGGAAUUUGCAGCAAAGGCAUUGAAGGGAUCCUUCUUGGUGGUCUUCCAGUCACGUCCCAACUUUUUGCAGAUGAUGUGGUCCUAUUGGCUUCAUCAGGUGGUGAUUUACAGCUUUCACUGGAGCUAAGUGUGAACAGCUGGGAAGAGGAUCGGUGUGUCCGAAUCUGACACGAAGGUUUUGAGCUGGAAAAGUGAAGAGUGCCUUCUCCGGGUAAGGGAAGAGGUCCAGCACCAAGAGGAGGAAUCCACAAUUUGAAAAGCGAAACUGAUUCUGGCAUAACAUCAAGAACAAAAUGGGCACCCUGAUUGUUCGGUGGCUACACAUCCCCAUUUACAAACAUAUAUACAAACAUAAUGGUUAGACUUUUUUCUAUCAGAACUGGCUUCAACUUCUUCACCAAUUUGAGCUACAGAUUCUCACAUCAGCCCAUUUUCUCUGUACUUUUAACAAAUCCACUUGGAGGACGUUCAUAUUUUCCAAGGCCUGUGCCUCACCCCUCCUUCGGUAUCACGAGGGAUAAGCUCCGGCCCCCCAGUGACCAUUUACAGGAUUAACCAUUGGAUGGAUUGAAGGCCGGGAUGCAGUUUGUGAGAUCAUAUUUUCGCAUUGUGGGAAUUAAACAUCAUUGGGCCUUGGCUCUUUUUGAAGCUGCUGGUAUUGGCCAUUUUAGUCUAAAAGCAAGCUUUGAACCUUUAAAGGUGUGGGGGAUUGCCUGUGACUCAAAGAGCAGGUAUCUCACUAAAUUUAUUUUCAUUUUGUUCCAAGAUGAGCGGCGUAAUUUUUCUUCUUCUUCUUUUUUUUUAAAGUAAUUCCUGACUGUGGAAACGUGAAGCGGAGCGCAGUGUCUGAAACGAGCCACUAGAGGGUGCUGCAGCCGUCUUUUUCAGACUUCAGGCGUUCGGAUUGUUAACUUUAUAGGGUUCUGAUUUUUCUACACUACACCUAGACAAAGUAGAUUUCAUGUCUUUAAAGAAAGUCAUUCUGAAAUAUUUUUCUGAUUUUUAUUUACUUAUUUUUCAAAUCCAGUCAUAAUCCUUAUGUAUUUCAGCCCGCUGAAUGGAAUAUCCAGCUCAUUGUGAUGGUUUACUUUUCACCCAGUGAAAAUUAUUUAAGAUUUUACAAAAGGAAAUAUAACAAAGAUUUUGUAAUAUUUAAGAUGGAAAAUGGUGAACCUUGUGCUCACGGCACAGAUUUGGGAGAGAGAAAAGCAAACUGUUCAAUCAUUGGAUAGAUUGAACAGAUUGAGGCAAAUAACUAUAGUUCUUGACUGCUUUAAUCAAGAUCUUGUGUUUCUCAAAAAUAUUUUUCACUUUCCCCAUUUGGUUCUCUGUUUAGUAGUUUCAGUUUGUAGUCAAAACCCGUAUUUGUUGGACCAUCUCAUCCUCUUAGUUUCAUCUGUACAUUUAGAGUUUUUUCUCUUGCGCGUUAGUUUCAGGCCUUUUCCCUUUUGCUUUGUAGAUCCUUUAACUCAGCUCCCUCGGCGUUAAUUAGUCUCCCUCCCUCAGUUUCCCUGCUUUCAUCCUGCUGCAGCUGGACCAAAACUCCUUUGAUUAGUUCAUCUGAUUCCGUUGUCGUUUUCCAAGCCUGCCUCGGUACUCAAGCUCCUGGUGUUUCGUUGUUAUUUGCUUGAUUCUUCCGUUGGAAAGGUUGUAGGUGGAAGAAUGAACAGAAACAUAACUUAAGAGAAAAUCAGCAGGUUUCUCACUGACCCAGAAUCCAAAAUGGCUGCCUUGUACAUAAAACGUAAAACUUUCACAGAAAGUUUUAUGUUUCUGUGAAUCCUCUUUUAGUGACCAUGUUGAAGCUUUGCAUUGUGCAAAUCGGAGAGAAAUACUUUAUUAGCUUAUGUUGCAUUUAGCUUAAUCAGUGAGUGCAUCAGUAAGAAAAUCCCCAAUUUUAUUUUAUUUUUUUCAGACUUGGAGCUGUAACAUGGUGGAGUUUGGUUUUGAAGUCAUCCGCGAUCCAAGUUUUGACAUAAGGCGUCAAUAGCUGCGCUUCUAUUACAAAUGUACGUAAAAAACUUUGUUGAUAUUCCGCUGAUGUUGCAAAAACACAAUUUGGUAAUUGCAGCGCUUCCAUGGAAAGAGAAACACCAACAUCCUCCCACCACUUCCUGUCGUCUUCUUCAUCGUUUCCGCCAGUAGUAACAUUGGGUUCUUGAUCACGACUCGUGUGAUGUGGAAAAAAAGUGUUUCCAUCGCACUUUUACAAAACACGCUAAUCUUGAUAUGGCUGGAAAACCACCUCCUCCUAGCUCAAAAACUUUUUUUUGAAAUUGCCGUGUUUCCAUCCCUCCAUCCAUCCAUCCAUUUUCUGUUCACCCUUUGUCCUUAAUGGGGUC